AAUCAACAAAUGCUGUUUUUAAUCUCUAAAAUUCAUGACUUAACACACAGUAAACUACUACAUGACCAUAGUUUGCAAGAAUCAAGGUAUUGUUUAUAAUUAUAAUAUAAUAAGGUGUGCUGCAACAGUUUGACAAAAGGGAUGUGAUGCAGGCCUGUGUUUUUCUAUUGACUGCACAUAGGGGGCGGUAGUAGUUGAUGUUUUACAAGAUAAUAUUGUUGGUUGUUAUGGUAGUAGACAUGUUUUGGGGUUAAAUAAUCUAUUAGGCUUAAACAACAUGGAAAGUGUGUCCAACACAGGUUAAAUUGUCAGGAAUAGUUCAUGACAAGCUAUAAGACCAAAGACAAAAUUCAAACGUUUCCUAUAAAUACAUUGUAUUUCUAUACUACAAACUAUAUACAGUAAACAUUUGUGAGUAUGAUGUUACUGAAACAAUGACUGGUUAUAUAUGGUUGCUCAAAUAACACUGGCCCUGUUUUUUGGAUCUGAGCUUGGUGUAACAAAGAAAUAAAGAAAAUAAAAGGACAAAAACUACUGAAAAUAAGAGUUCACGAGAAUACCAGUCGAUCAUUACAUCAGAGCCAGAUUCAAGAAACUCCGAUCGUGAGCAAAAGAUAAGCCACACCACAUGCUAAACGUCUUGGGUCAGACAGCCUGAAUGGAAAAAUGACAACAGCCAAUCAGACCCAGAGAUCAUCUAAAUCAGAAAGUCAAGGCUUGACUCCUCUAAACCAGGCGUUUCACACCCACACAUCUUACAAACGCUCCAUAAGAUGUUGUCAAAUGCACAGAGGACCUCAACUAUGCUUAAACUUCUGAUAUUUUUUCUUCUCUUUAGGACAGGCCUCACCACAUCUGCUGCUGUAGUUCAAACGAAAGUCCUGGAGACCUUCAAUGCUGGUGAAACUAUAACUUUAGAGUGCUUUAUAUCUGAAGAGCACGAGAACUACUACUCCUGGUUCAAGCAAUCUCUGGGAGAAGCUCCAACAUGUAUUCUCACUCUCUAUGCUGGAGCUUCAACACCAACAUUUCAUGGAGACUUCAAAAAUGAUGAAAGAUUGACAGCUGUAAAGAAAAAUAAUUAUUUUGCUUUAAUUAUAAAAGAAUUAAAGCCAUCGGAUACUGGAAUCUAUUACUGCGGUACCCGUGACUAUGAUCUUAUAACUUUUAGUAAUGGGCUGUUUUUAAACUAUAAAGGGGUAAAUACGAGACAUCAUCAUAUUGAGCAGUUUUUGUCUGCGGUGGACUCGAAUACUCGAAUAAAUGAGCACGAGUUUAACCCAGGUGACUCUGUGAAUCUUCACUGCACUGUUCUCACUGAGAGAUGUGUAGGAAAUCACAGCGUUUACUGGUUUAGACAUGAAACUGGAGAUACACAUCCAGGAAUCAUUUACAAGCAUGGAAACAGCAAUGAUCAAUGCAAGAAGAGCUCUGAGAGAGAUUCCCAUUCACAGUCUUGUGUCUACAAUCUCCCCAAGAGGAACCUCAGUUUAACUGACGCCGGGACUUACUACUGCGCUGUGGCCAUGUGUGGAGAGAUACUGUUUGGGAAUGGAAGUAGGCUUGAAAUUGGAGAACCAAUUUCUGAGUUCGCCUGGACUGACUUAAAGGUCCCAGUUUUGGUAGCAACAAAUAUAUUGUGCUUGGUGAUCAUCGCUAUCCUUCUGUGUAAGAGAGCACAAAAACGACAAGAAACAUUUUCUGAAACCCAGCCAUUACAAACACUUUCUUCGUCUCCUGCUAAUGAGGGUGCACCAGAGGAGAUAAAGCUAUGCAGCGGUACAUUUCCCUGGAAGAAACUCAAACAGACACGAGACUGAAAGAAGAAGCUCAUAUGCACAUGUAUUGUACUCAACUGCUAGAGGUUACAGUACCAAAUAAUAAUUCUGUGAUAUAAUUCUGUAAUGUAACAUUUAAAUUAAAGUAAUAUUGCCCUGUGUGUUUAUUAGUUGUAUCUGAAUGUAGUUCUAAUAAAACAAAUGCCACCGUCUUACAAAAAUUUUUGUCUUUUUAU